AUGAGCCAAAAUGAUGACCCCGCUACAUCUAUCUAUCUAUCUAUCUAUCUAUCUAUCUAUCUAUCUAUCUAUCUAUCUAUCUACUGCAAUAAAAUAAAUUAUCUAUCUAUCUAUCUAUCUAUCUAUCUAUCUAUCUAUCUAUCUAUCCUAUCCUAUUUCUAUGUAUGUAUGUAUGUAUGUCUCCAUUUUUCCUAUCUAUCUAUCUAUCUAUCUAUCUAUCUAUCUAUCUAUCUAUCUAUCUAUCUAUCUCAGUCUCUUCAUUGUCUAUCUAUCUCCGUCUAUUUCUAUGUAUGUAUGAGUGCAUGUAUACAUGUAUAUCUAUCUAUCUCCGUUUCUUUCUUUCUUUCUAUCUAUCUCUCUAUCUAUCUACUCCAGUCUUUUCCUAUGUCUCAUCUAUCUAUCUAUCUAUCUAUCUAUCUAUCUAUCUAUCUAUCUAAAUCUCUUCUCAUCUAUCUAUCUAUUAGCAUCUAUCUAUCUCUAUCUAUCUAUCUAUCUAUCUAUCUAUCUAUCUAUCUGUCAAUAAUUUCUUACAUCAUCUAUCUAUCUAUCUAUCUAUCUAUCUAUUCAUCUAUCUAUCUAUCUAUCUAUUUUUAUAUUUUGAUUCUUUUUCUAUCUAUCUAUCUUUUAUCUAUCUCUACUUUUAUAUUUCAGAAAUGA